UUAGCCAGCUGUGAGCUUUUUCUGCAGCACUGUAUUCACUCAUACAACGUGUGCUGCAAGAUACACAGCCCAGCAGCUCUACCUCAUACAUGCACUGGGACCCCUGGGCCCCACCACUGCACUGAGACCCCUGGACCCCACCACCCGCAUUGCACUGAGACCCCUGGACCCCACCACCCGCAUUGCACUGAGACCCCUGGACCCCACCACCCGCAUUGCACUGAGACCACUGGACCCCAGCAAACUCUUUGCACUGAGCACCCUGCCCCCUGUACACCCAUGCACACACCACUGACUAAGCACACCCUAUAGACCACCUCUCCUUGGCAUCUUAACUCAGAACAACUACUCUCAUCCGGAUCGUCUGGUAUACAGCAUGGCUACCCCCACCCAGAGGAGCGGAACAGUGAAUAUAUAUGGAAAUUCAGACCCCUUUGUCUACAAUUAUGACACGGUUAGAAUGACCGGACUUAUACUGGCAGUUAUCAUGUUUGUAUUGGGGAUCGUCAUCGCUCUUAGUAACAAAUGCAAAUGCAAACAGAAGAAUGCAAACGGAUCCCAGUCUGAUGGGAGGCAGCCUCUACAAACCCAGACUCCCGCUGGAAGUGUAUAGCUCCCCAUUCUCAGUUUCUUGAUUUCUGCUGCUGGAUCCAGUCACUGGACCCCCCGUAAUGAGGGGAAAGGAUUGAAAGGAACCCCCCCCCCCCACCACCUCCACAUCAAUGUCCCAGAUAGCGUGUUUAAUGCAUGCGUGGCUCUUCCCUGCGUGACUCCUCCUCCCACAAACACACAGAGCUUCCAUUUCUCAUCCCGAAGGACUGAUUCAGAGACACUUCUUUCCCACCUCCCAAUACACAGAGACAGGAGCACAGAGAGUUGCAGAGUGAGAGACAGGCAGACAGGGGGCGCUAUAAUACACCACUGAUGCAUGGCAGGCACACGGAACCCACUUAUAUGUCUAUAGAGUAGGAAUAUUAAGAUUACGCACCAUUAUUUAAAUCAGGAUUUUAAAUAUUCAUCUGAAAAAGUUAAAACGUUGAACCUGUAAGACAGACCCCCCCCUCCCCCCCAAUUUACUGUAGCACUGAAAUAUCCCAACAUAGGGUCCCAUCACCUCUAUAGUAGACUGUAGUUGUGUAAUCUGCCUAGCAACUGCCCGUGGCAACCCUGUUGCCCCAGAUCUCCUAAAGGUCUCUCACUGAAUGGGUUAAUACUGGGUGGACACCAGGAACACAUCCCCUUUUAAAUUAUUUGUAUAUAGCAUGUGACAAACAUAAAUCUAUAUUAAUAAAUAGCUAUAAGAGGAAAGAUCUAUCUAUAUAUGAUAUACAGAAUGCGGCAUGGAAAUAUAUGCAAAUUAGUUUUCCUGGGUUUUCUAUUUAUUUUUAUUUUAGUUUUUUUUUCUUUGCUUUCCCUCCCCUGAUACACCAAUAAAACAGAAUAUUUCUAUA